GAGCUGGUUGAAACUUGAAAGCGUGAAUCAACCCACCAUAUGAUCAAGCGGCUACAAACGGGAACCAACCCGUGCACUCUUUCUUCUCCAAUCCCCUCUACCGUAUAAAACGUUAAAGGAUGAUGAUGAAGCCGCUCGCCAUAAAUGCUUCUGCCCUCUCCCCUCCUCCCAUCCAUCUCUUUUCCUCAAUCCCCGCCGCUAAAAGUCAACAACAUCACUCAACCCAUUUCUUCUCGCUUAUCUUCUGCCAAUGACCUAAUCACCCAUUGCUUCUUCUACCUACCUAUUACUCGUUUUCAAUAUCAAUCCCAAACUGGGUUUUUCAUAGAAUUCAGGGAAACUUGACAGGAACUGAAGGGUGGUCUUGGUCUAUUCUCAUGGGGAUUUGCUUGAGUGCUAGAAUCAAAGCUGAAAGCCCUUCUUGUACAGGGCUAAGUUCAAGAUUUGUUAGCACAGAUGGGGCUAAUCUGAACAAAUCUGGCAGCAAGAAUGCUGUGCCACCGGCUCCCCGGAGCGAGGGUGAGAUCUUGAAGUCUACCACUUUGAAAAGCUUUAAUUUUGCUGAUCUCAAAGUGGCUACCAGGAAUUUUCGUCCUGAUAGCGUGCUGGGAGAAGGCGGGUUUGGCUCCGUCUUCAAAGGCUGGAUUGAUGAGAAUUCAUUCUCGGCAACCAAGCCCGGGACUGGCCUAGUGAUUGCUGUCAAGAAGCUAAACCAGGAAGGUUUUCAGGGCCACAGGGAAUGGCUGGCAGAAGUGAACUAUUUGGGCCAGUUUUCACACCCUCAUCUUGUUAAACUGAUUGGCUAUUGCUUGGAGGAUGAACAUCGUCUUUUAGUGUAUGAAUUCAUGCCACGGGGCAGCCUGGAAAACCAUUUAUUUAGGAGGGGCUCAUACUUCCAACCUCUGUCCUGGACUUUGCGUUUGAAGGUUGCUCUUGGAGCUGCCAAGGGGCUCGCUUUUCUUCACUGUGCUGAAACCAAAGUCAUAUAUCGUGAUUUCAAAACAUCUAACAUUUUACUCGAUUCAAACUACAACGCCAAGCUCUCUGACUUUGGCUUAGCAAAGGAUGGACCAACCGGAGAUAAAAGCCAUGUCUCAACGAGGGUAAUGGGCACUUAUGGAUAUGCAGCUCCGGAAUACUUAGCCACUGGUCAUUUGACUACCAGGAGUGAUGUGUAUAGUUUUGGAGUUGUUCUUCUUGAAAUGCUAUCAGGUCGAAGAGCAAUCGACAAGAAUAGACCAUCUGGACAACACAACCUGGUAGAAUGGGCUAAACCGUACUUGGCUAUCAAACGUAAAGUCCACCGAGUUCUGGAUAACCGUCUUGAAGGACAGUAUUCACUGGAUGUCGCCCAGAAAGUAGCGUUCAUUGCCUUGCGGUGCCUAUCCACCGAUGCUAGGAUUAGGCCUACCAUGGACGACGUGGUUAGAGAACUGGAGAAGCUUAACGAGACUCAGGAUAUGGAAAACACCGGCAAGCCCACUGGCAAUGGUUCUAAACUUCGCAGACGAAGCACUGGUGAUGCUGCCGGUUUAAACUCACAAGUCUCGUUUCCAAAACAAUCUGCUUCUUCCCUCUUGCCAAACAUGUCGCUGAAAGCAUCCGCUUGAGACCGAUCGAUUUUCUGACUAUACGAUACAAUGUUGAAGAUGAACCCUCCAUUAUUGUUACUAGAGGAAUGUUCACAAGCUACAAAUGCCUCUCUAAACAGGGCUGAGGGAUCCAUAUUCCAUUGUAUGUUACAGGUCGGUGUUAGGUCUAUCAGAUUUUAGUACUGUAAAUAGAGUAAUAGACUUUACAGAUCAGUUGGAGUGUAAUGUAUUUAUCAGAUCAGAUAUUGGAUAUGUCUCUUUUUGCCUCGACUUUACACACUUCAAAAGAGCAUUUGUGCA